CUCAGCGUCAACUCACACGAUCCAAACAUCACACAUAUUCCACGCCACCAGGUCUUCUUAGAUGAUUGACCCCGAUCUGGCGACCACAAUGCGCUCGAACCGAUAGCAUCCCCGAACCGCUCAUCCGCACUACCCCCUGCAACUUCCGGCACGGCACGUCUUGGAGCCUGGUCUCCGGCUGCAAUGGACCAGACUUCAGGCGUAUUCACAAACAUGACUUCUUUCCUGCCCUCGCCGGCAGACCUGCUCAUGGUCUUUCCGCGGCUUUUGGACAAGGCCAGCUCCUUCGGCGACAUGCUGCGCUCUGGUGGCAGCGUCAUUGCCGAGCCUACCAUGGCCAAUCUCACCAACGGAACCACGGCGACGGCUGCUGGCAGGUUUGCUCAACAGUCCGUUGCGGCAGCGGCGGCGGCGGCGGCUGCUGCAUCUUCUGGAUCAACAGACGAGAUCAGCAUGUUUCAGGCCUUCAAGAACGUUGCCAGCUUCUUCAGCUACAUCACCUCGAAAUGGGCCAUUGCGACGUUUGCUAUCGCGAUCGUCUUGAAUCGCACCCGAUUCUACGCCUCUAGCAGAGUGCCACUCUCCUUCGACCGCCUGUACAUACGCCUGGCUCUCUACAUUGCGCCCUUGAUGCUGUUCGCCCUUCAGAUCCUCAACAUGGUCCGAGCUAUACGAUGCCAGACCUCUCCAGCAUGGUCGGAGAUGCAAUACGGAACACCGGGAAGGUACCUUAGCACGGAUUUCAGUGGAGAAAGAGGCUACCUAUACCGCGCUUCCUCCAAGCUACUCUUCUGGGAGAACGCAUCCAAGUCAUGCGCACUCGUUGGCAUGUUGCCUGGCGCUGCAGACACGACGCGUGAGAAUGGCUCGCUCGCUCUCCUUUGGCCCCUCUUCUUGUCUCUGGGCUUUGGCCAGUUCGUCGAGACAAUGGUCUGCGCUCUCCAGGGUCGGCCUCCUGUUCAAGAAGUUGGCAUGACCAUCUUUGAGCACUCGCUGGCUUUUGCUGAAGCUGAGGCUGUCGUCACAAAACCUUUGACCAUCAACUCUACACGAUUUAACCAACCCAAGAACGUCUUGGUCCCCAAUGGAACGACGGUCUCAGUACCCCGUCAUGGCUUGAAUAGCAUUGCCAACGUACCGCCGGAAGUCCUUCUCAUCUCUCUAAUUUCUAGCAUCAGUUACUUCACUAGCAACCUCUUGGCCAUUGCUGGAGUGCGCUCGAGAUACCGUCUGAUCACGACGGCUGUUUGGGGCCUUGGCUACAUGGCAACAUUUGUUUGGAGCUUUCUGCGACUGGCAGAGGCUAACGCGGAAUCCGAAAACCCCGUUGGCUUGCUGCGAUUCCCUACCGUCUGCAUCGUUGAAUUCAUCCCUCAUGUCUUGAUCAUGGUCGGCAUCGUCACCUGCGGGUUCAUCUACACUCUAGCUUUUCUCAUCACUGUCUUGGCUCCUCCAGCUGGUCAGCCGCAGACGAUGACAUGGAAGGAGCGCUUCGAAGUCGCCUACAACAACCUGCAUGCCAACUUUCAUUUGUCGUCGACGGCGCCAAUCACGAUCAGCUGGCAUGAGGAUUUUUACACCGCAAUACUUAAGGUGGGGUUCACUGUUCUCACUGCGGCGAGCGAGGCUGUCUUUCUCAAUGAAGGCAUCAGAAUCAACGUCCAUUCAAUGACGUUCCUUGAGAAGAAGAGGCUUAAGGAAGUUCUAGAUCGCCGACGGCAGUUUAGACAAACCCUGACGAACGUCCCGGAUGAGCUACGAGGAGAGACCCUCGCUCCGGGUGUGAGUAUCGAAGACAAGUCGACUGUAGACGAGGCCGCGAUGUCUGGGUAUGCUCGCGAGCGCAAGACACGAACCAUGACUACUGCACCCGGAGCUGUCAAUGCCGGAGCGCAAGGCGAUCUCGCUGGACUUCAGCAGCGAAGAGGACGGUUCUUCUUGACCUGGCAGUUCUUCAAGGGCAUCGGACGGCUCCUCAUGCUCAUCCACGCCCGGCUAAUAAUCGCGAUGCUGCAAAGAAUGAGGGUGGGGUACCGUCCAAGGUGGUUGAGGCGUCUUGCUGGCCCUCGUCCGAUUAAGGAGCCGCGCUUUCCGUCUAGGACAUAUGGCGACCGACAGCGCCGCGCCGCCUCUGUGGACGCAUGGCUGACAUUGGAUGACCGGUCACGCGUACGUCUCGACAGCCAAUUCGACGCUGAGGCCUUUGCGAAGGACAGGCUCCGACAAAUUGGCUUCCUGGAUGCACCAAGCUCCGCAGAUACUGAUGAGCGUGUUGACGACUACAUGUAUUCAUGGUGGCGCAACGGAGGUCGCUUUGGUGAUGUGGAUGGCAGCAGCGACUACGUUCCUCCACCAGACGAUGACACUACGAGCUUGGUCUCGUACGCUACAACUGAUGACGAAGAAUGGUCGGACGAAGAGGAUGACGGUCAACGAACGCCGACCCGGGACACCUACCAGCUUGACCGAGAAGCAACACCGGUGGAGAAUGCCAUGGACCUCUCGCGUCUCUCCACACUCCUCGAUCCCAAGACCAGGGAAGACAGGGAAGAAGCAAAGCUGUUGUCACGACACCUUCAAAGUCCACAAAUAAUGACACGGUCUCGCUACCGCAAAGCUCUCGAUCAAGACCAGGCAAAGAUCCUCACAACAUCGCGCUACCGCUUCGAAACGUCGAUGGGAAUGACGCCGGAAGAGGAAGAGCAACUGCUGGAGGACCUCAUCCUCAACAAAAGGCAAGCUACUGCACCUGAGGGCUCGAGUGCAGCAGGCAGCUGGGGCACAGGAGCUGAGGGCAUGGGGUCUGAAGGACCGCAGUGCGUGGUCUGUCAGCUCACGCCAAGAACGGUGCUUGUAUGGCCGUGCGGGUGUCUUUCGCUGUGUGACGAAUGUCGUGUAGGGCUGGCAGGCAAGAACUACACUGCCUGCGUGUGUUGCAGGACGAAGGUUGUGGCAUACUCUAGGUUGUAUGUGCCGUGAAUCAGUAUAGACUCUGCAUAAUAUAGGCGUUGCCUCGUAGAUUGGUGCAUCAAUUCACAGUACGGCAUAUUGUGUUGCG